UGGGUCCUGGCGCCGUUGCCGAGCGCCGGGCAGAGGCGCGGGUCCGCGGCGGCGGCUCCGUCCCGUCGCUAUGAGCGCGGCCGGGCUGGUGUCUGCCACGCCGCCGGCCCCCACUCCGCCUGGGGCACCCGCCACCGCCAUGCCCCCCGGCCCCGAGUACUACGAGGAGGAAGAGCUAGAGAGCGCCGAGGAGGAGGACGGCGAGCGGAGCGCUCGGGCCCGCGACUCCGACGAGGACACGGAGGAUGCCAGUGAAACUGACCUGGCAAAACACGAGGAAGAGGACUUUGUAGAGAUGAAAGAACAGAUGUAUCAGGACAAACUGGCAUCUCUGAAGAGACAAUUGCAGCAAUUGCAGGAAGGUACUCUUCAGGAAUAUCAGAAAAGAAUGAAAAAGUUGGACCAGCAGUACAAAGAAAGGAUACGAAAUGCAGAACUGUUCCUCCAGCUGGAAACAGAUCAGGUGGAAAAAAAUUACGUCAAGGAAAAGAAGGCAGCAGCAAAGGAAUUUGAAGAUAAGAAAAUUGAGCUUAAGGAAAAUUUAAUUGCAGAAUUGGAAGAGAAAAAGAAGAUGAUUGAGAAUGAAAAGCUAACCAUGGAAUUAACAGGAGAUUCAAUGGAAGUGAAGCCUAUUAUGACAAGAAAACUGAGGCGACGACCAAAUGAUCCAGUUCCUAUCCCAGACAAGAGGAGGAAACCUGCCCCUGCUCAGCUAAAUUAUUUGUUGACUGAUGAGCAAAUAAUGGAGGACCUGAGAACACUGAAUAAGCUUAAAUCACCCAAGAGACCAGCCUCUCCCUCCUCUCCCGAACACCUCCCAGCUACACCAGCAGAGUCGCCAGCACAGCGGUUUGAAGCCCGGAUAGAAGAUGGAAAACUCUACUACGAUAAGAGAUGGUACCAUAAGAGCCAGGCUAUUUACCUGGAGUCUAAAGAGAACACUAAGAUCAGCUGCGUGAUCAGUUCUGUGGGUGCCAACGAGAUCUGGGUGAGGAAAACCAGUGACAGCACAAAGAUGAGAAUCUACCUGGGACAGCUGCAGCGAGGUGUCUUUGUGAUUCGUCGACGAUCAGCAGCAUGACUGUGUGCUCUUCCUUGGUCUUUUUUUUUUUUUUAACUGAUAGACAAACCUCUAACGGGGAAUGGCAGUCUGUUCACUCAUCUUAGCAGCAGAGAACUCUGUCAUGACCUUUUACGAGACAGUUUGUGGCUGGCCACAUAAUCCCCCAUAGUCCUUAAAUCUUUAGUGAUACCCAAGCACUGCCCUGGACUAUCUCCGGAUUUUGCAUCAAGCUUCUGUAUGCUCUCUUUACAUUUUGGGUGACUAUUUAAGAAGACUUUGCAUCAUACUGUUUUCAUCGUUGUUUCAUGGUGCAUAGAUGGGACUCAUAUGUGGAAAAGAACGUAACAUUUGUUUUGAAUCAGACCAAUGGAAGAAGCUUUGCUUGUCAAGACCUGAGGUUAUUUGUUCUUUUUGGUUUUGUUUUCCUGCAAGGCUCAGAUGUUGGGCAAAAGGAGAUUAAUCUUGCCAGCUUUCAGCUGCAGCCAAGAUGCAUCUGCAAUACCUGGUAUAUGACAUCAGCUUUAUUGGAUGAACUGUUUAAAGACUUGAGCAUUGAGGCUUUUUUUAGGAAAGUGUGAACAGCUUAGAAACUGCUGAAAAUCCAGUUGAUUUUAAUGUAGUUAAGCAGUCACACGUGGUUAAUCAGAAGCUUCCGUUUCUCCUCACAUUAAAAAACCCUUCAAUGAACAAGCCAAGAGUAUGUCUGUUUGCUGAAGUCCAUUUCCUGAAAUAGGCGGAUGAGUAUAAACCAAAGGAUUAAUUAACUGGACUUUGCUGAUAGCGAGACUAUGUGACUGAUAGGUUUGAGUAUAACCACCCAUAUGCGUAGAGAGGUGAAAGGUAAAUUUCUCUUUCUUCACUGAUGCUUUAGAGUAAUGGGUCACACUGGAAUCCUGCGGACAGAAGAUACCUAUCCGUUGUAUCUUCCAAAGAAGCCUGGUGCAGAGUAGAAAGUGGCGUUGACAUGCUCUGAGCGUAUAGCUGAGAUAUUCAUUCCCUAAAAUGUCACAGAAAGGUUUCCCUUUGAAGGGUAUUUUAAUUGCUGGAGAUAACACUGGGUUUCUACACUUGCCGUCCAACAGCACAAGUGAAAAUGCUCAAGUGGUGAUAUUAAUAUACUCCCUUCCAAGAUGUUUAAAGAUCUGACUCUGGCAUUCCUUUAUUAUUCCUAGUCUUUUGCUGAUGGCUGAAACCACCGAUACCAUGUGUGACUGCGCUGGCCUGAACUGCACAGUGCGCUGGCAACCCUGUCAGAUCUUUGCCUUCUGUGCAAAAGAACUUUGUGCUCCUUUUGAAUUACUGGACAAAAAGUUGUAAUUUCUGCCUUUAUCGUUAUCUGUCACUUUGAGGCAUCUUUUUGUUUUUGCUUUUGAACUGCCUUCUUGUUCAGCAUCAGUCUAGCCUUUCUUUCGUAUCUGGAUAAAUGGAGUAUUUUAAA